AUGGAUCCACCAUUAGGAAUUAAAGGACUAUCAACAGUUGGACCGGGCAAUUUAGUUUAUCCCGAAAUAAUUAAAAAACACUUUACUGCUAUUUUAGAAGAUAUUGACGACUUAGUUAACACAGGCCAGGUCUAUACUUAUAAGGAUGAAGAACAAGACAACUACUCUUCACGCUUUACUCGCCGCAAUGCCAUUCUUUAUGGUAUGGCGGGAACAGGAAAGUCAGAGUUUCCUCGUCAAUUAGUUUUUGAAAUUGCGGCUAAAUAUCAAUCGGAAAAUGAGAAAAAACUAAAUGAGUACAAUGAAGAUUUAACCAAAAAGCAAGAACAACUAAUCAAUGACCCCGAAAGUGAACAAUUAAAAACAGAAAUUGAGGAACUAAAAGUCCUUAUUCAAGAUUGCGAACAACAACUAGCCCAAGAAGAAAGUAAAUUAGUACCCGUUUUCCAAAUUGAUGGUUUUCAUUUACAAACCGCCGGCAAAGCUAUUAAUGAUAAAGGGCUCGAAAGCCAUGAAAAAUUAAUUGCCAUUCUAAGAGAAUUAAAAAAAGAAGCCUUUGGCGAUGCUUAUUCGGAUAAGCCUUAUAUUGCUUUUGUGGAAGAAGCCGACCAAGGAGUAAAUGUGAUGACAGCCGGUGGAGGUGGCAAGAAAAACAAUCUCUUGGAAGAUUGA